CCCUCGCCCCCAACCCCCCCCCCCCCCCCCCCCCCUCCACCCCCAUCCCUCGCCGCCGCCGCGCGGAACCCCUCCCAUGGCAAAGCUCCCGCGUCUACCCUCGCCGCUCGCCGCGCUCCCGCUCCUGUGCCUCCUCCUGCUCGCCGCGCCGCUGCCCUCGCUCUCCCGCGACGCGCCCAGGGACGCCGUCUCCGGCGCCGCCCGCGCCGGCAGUACGAUACACCAGCUCCUGAAGGAUCACGGCCUCCCCGGCGGCCUGCUCCCGCGGGGCGUGCAGUCGUACACCCUGGACGAGUCCAGCGGCCUGCUGCAGGCGCGGCUGUCGGCGCCGUGCUACGCCAAGUACGACAACGGCGACCUCGCCUACUUCGACACCGUGGUGCGCGGAAACCUCAGCAAGGGCGCACUCCGCGGCGUGGAGGGCCUCGCGCAGGAGGAGCUCUUCGUGUGGCUCCCCGUCAAGGGCAUCCUCGUCGCGGGCGAGCAGCCCGGCGUCAUCGUCUUCGACAUCGGGUACGCGCACAAGAGCCUCUCGAGGUCGCUCUUCGAGGACCCGCCGGACUGCAAGCCGUCGGCCGCCGCCGGUAUGGCCGCCGCCGCCGCCAGGUGGAAGGAUAGGCAAGGUGUUCCUCACCUGAGGUUGAGGAGAGGAGGAGGAGAUAGCCAACAGCGCCAGGAGCAGAGGUGAGGAGUGAGUGUGCUGUCUGAGAGAGACAAGAGCAUCGAGAGAAUGCCGAUCCAGUUUUCCCCUUUGUAAAAUCCUGUGGUGAGUGAGAGAGUGCUGCUGCUGCAACAAAAACAACAACUGCAAUUACCUGCAGAGGUUGGAAUGUAUCUACUAAGGCAGAUGUGGGUACUUUUUGCAGUUCUUUUCUCGUUUCCUUUUUUGCCCUCUCCUCUUGUCCAUGCACCUGUGUGAUAUAAGUUUGUCAGUCAUGUGUUGCAAGCAAGGGGGAAAAAAAGAACAAGGAAAAAAAAUAGUUGGCUGAGAAGCCAGUUGGGGC